CCGCCCGCGGCGGAUGCGUUGGGCAUAGAUAGUAUUUAAGUGGAUGCGUAUUCCGCACAAACGAAGAGGAAGUUCGUCACCCCCCCUCCUUCCCGUCGUGAAGGUGUGUCACGGCUGACCUGACCUGACGGGCAUUGGAAUAUUUCGAACAUGAAGAACGUCGCAGUCGCGCCGGCAUCGAUCCUUUGGCUGCCCGACAACAAGGACACGCGUGCGGUCAUUGCGAAAGCUGAACAUGGAGCCCUCGGGCACCCGAUCCUGGUCCUGUCGAAUCCGGACGCAAAGCAGGACAGCUCGCAGCCCGGGAGGGUCAAUAUCCAGAUCCUGAUCAUCACAAGCCUGGGCAACACCCUGCUGUCCAAAAAGUUUACCAGCCAAAAAAAGCGCAAAGGCUUCCUGCCUUUGAAGCGGAGCCCACCGGAGCCGCACCCGGACAACGGGAUCCUCCUCGAAGUGCGCAUCACCGGCAAGCCGACCGCCACGCAGAUAAAACAGAGCUAUGUCAGGCUGCAACCGCCAAUGCUGGUUGCUCGCGAGAACCUGGCCGGCUUUCCGAACGGCACGGCAAAAUUGUCGCCAGAUGCGUUUCGCAUCGUGCUCACCCACUUAAGGAAGAGGUUUCCAGGCGUCGUCGUCUAUGCCGAGGAGGAGCCGAAGUCGCGAAGGCCGCCGCCGCUGUUACAGCAGCCGCUGUUGACGCCGCCGACGCCGCCGGCCGCACCGGCUACAGCGCAUCCGAGGGAUUACGGACAUCCGAGGGAUUACGGGCGCAGAAUGGUAGCAAGCGGGUUGUGGUCCGUGCGGAGGAUGAAGGAGUACGAGGAGGCGUAUGGGGACGGUUGGGGCAAUUCGGAAGAGGAGGGGGUAGUAGUAGCGGCGGAGUCAUCCUACACAGAGCGCUUGCUAGAGGAAUGGAUGCGCACCAAUUUAUGGCGGCAGAGGGACCGACCGACAACAAUAACAACAAAAAACCACGGCUCCGUCCCGCCCACACGCCCAGAGUGUCCUACCAACGCCGCCACCGCCGGCGGCAGCACAUAUAAUCUCACGAAUACAGCCAGCACUCCAUUCUCUCGCAACCCCAACGCCAGCUUCUACGGCACCUUCGCACCCGAGCCCUCAUGUGCGGCUACACUCUCCUGCAACCCCCCCACCACCGUCCCCAAGCCCGCUCCCCAGCCUGUUCGCAAGCCCGUCCACAAGCCCACUCCCGCACCGCCGCCUCCGACCCCCAGCCCCGCAAAGUGGUAUCACUGGUGGCGCACCCCCACCCCCAACCCCAGCCCCAACAACCCCAUCAGCAGCAUCAGCUGGGCCGCCGGCCCCACGCUCGAAGCGGCGCACAAAUCGCGAGCCAGAGCCGAGAGAUGGUCUCGGGGCCGCAGUAUCUUCCUCUGGUGCAUGCUGGCGCUCUGUGUUCUUGCGGUUGUGUGCGGAGUCAUCGGCGCAAUAGUGUAUGCGUACAAAACCACGUACUGGUCGUGGUUUGGGACUUGGGUGCUUUUCGUAGUUGUUAUAUUAAGGUAUCGUUGAUUUUCAUGUACAUUGUACAGCAGUAGUAGUAAGCUUUUUAGGUGGCAUAGUGUGUACGGUAUAUCGGUCAGCUGCUGCCUGCGGCCUGCGGGUGAGGAGGCGCGGGUUUUACGGUUUCAGCCCGUUGGCAGGGGGGAGUGUGCUUUUUUGGGCGAAGUCGGUUUACUCGAGUUGGGAGUCAAUCAAAUGUCCACUCAAGUCUCAAGUUUCUUCUUGUUCACCGUUUUAAAACGGAAACACUAUUAGUACUUACACAUCCCGCUGCCAUCACGUAGCCGUUCCGGAAUUUUGUAUGUGUUGGAAUAUUCAAGUAGAAGGGUAAAGAUGAUCAGUUCGAUACAGCAACAUCAGCAGCGAGG